GAAAUGAUUGUGGGGCUGUGGAAAACAUUUACCUAUUUACCUUUGAAGUAAGUUUUAAGACAGUCCACUUUUUAGCAUGUGUGUUGUGUCCAGCCUGUGGUUGUCUGAACUAAUAAAUGUGAUUUUUCUCCCCGUUCUCGCUUUUAUUUAUUUGUGUAUAGGCCUCUUCCCUGGUGUUUCCUGAUUGGAAAACACGUUGAUAGAGCCCAGCUUUGCAGUUCUUGUAAUAGAAUUACAAGCAAUGCGCAAUACGGUCUUAAAGCUUUUUACAAACUAAUGCACAUGUGCUUGUAUGGAAUGAUUUUCUGAGCCUGAUAAAUUUUAACUAAGGUUAAUUCAACUGCCUCAGCCAUUGUACCCUCCUUUCACAAACUGCCCUUUGGUGUAGUAUAGUGAAAUACAGUUGCUUAUGUCUCUUAACCCAAAUUAGUCUUACAAGGUUACCCUAACUGCUCUAAGGGAGGCUUAGAAAUUGGGAGUUGUGGGCUUUGGGAAGCAACAAUUUUCCUCAGUGGGCUGAGGCACCUUUCCACCAUUUGGGCAAUUCUAAAGGUUCUAAGUGUGGAAAUGAAAAUUGUGAAGUCUUAAGUGCCUGCUAGGUAAUCCUGGUUUGGUUUUGAGACUGGGAGUCACGCAUUACGCUUUGAUGGACCUGUGGAAGGAUCCUCUAGUGGGAAAACUUGCCUUUACCACUGAUUAUCAGUGUGCCUCCACAUUCACCAGGAGCAUUUGUUUAAAAGGUCACAGGGCUCCUUUUCCAAAAGUGUUCCCGGGGGGUGCAGGCACUGCUGGCCGAGGACUCCCUUUUGAGAACCACUCCCAAAAUGUGAAAGGUCCAUACCCUUCCCUGUCACACAACCCCAACCCCAGAGAGCAGAGAACCUCUGGGGGUAGGUACCAUGGCGGCAACAUUUACAAGGAGUUGCAACUAAAGCUUGUGUCUCUAAUCUAUAAAGGGCUAAGACUUUAAAAGAGGUAACAGUUAUUUACGCAAACACCUGAGAUUGAAAAGGUGUAAAUGGCGAUUUGGCGAACACAAGUAUUUUGAUGUGAUUUGCAAAACACUUGAGAAGCAAAGCGGACUUGGUACAGCACGAUAGUGAAAAGUAGACGAGGAUGAUCUUUAUCGGUGCUAAUGAUGGCUAAAAAGUAGGGGCCGAACUUGGUUGAGGCGAGAAACCGUACCGUGUCUGCGCCGGCCAUAGCUACUGGCCUAGGCCUGCAGCCGCUACAACCGAAACACGGACGCGCUUCCGUGGGCGUGGCCAGCCGGGCGUCCGCGCACUUCCGUCGCGCCUGCGCAGUUGGCUCCUGGGCUCACGUUUGUGGCCGUUUCCCGGGACCAGCCAGCUAAUAGGAUACUGCUGUGUAACUCCCGUGGGCGAUGCGUUCUGGUGCUGCAGUCAGGGCCUGCCAGAAAGUCUGCAGGUGCCUAUUGUCUGGGUUUGGAGGUCGAGUGGAUGGGGGGCAGCCUGAGCCUUUGACGGAAGGGAGUGGCUCCUUCGGAGUGCCCCUGCGGUCGCAAGCGGAGCUGCCCCGGGGGAGCGAGCCGACCGAAGUCCCCGAGUCCGGUGAGGGGAGCGAGGAGCUGCUAGAGAUCUGUCAGAGAAGGCAUUUCUUCAGCGGCAGCAGGCGGCAGCUUAGCCGACAUUCUCUUCUGAGCGGGUGCCACCCCGGUUUUGGCCCCUUGGGCAUAGAGUUGCGGAAGAACCUGGCGGCAGAAUGGUGGUCCUCCGUGGUGGUGUUAAGGGAGCAGGUCUUCCCGGUAGACGCCCUCCACCAUGAGCCAGGCCCUUUGCUGCCCGGGGACAGUACCUUCAGGUUAGUUUCAGCAGCAACUCUACGCGAACUCUUGCAAGACAAAGAGCUGAGUAAGGAACAGCUAGUAGCAUUUCUUGACAACUUACUAAAAACUUCUGGGAAACUACGGGAGAACCUUCUUCACGGUGCUUUGGAGCACUAUGUUAAUUGCCUGGAUCUGGUAAACAGGAGGCUACCUUAUGGCCUUGCUCAGAUUGGAGUGUGUUUUCAUCCUGUUUCUGAUACUAAGCAGACACCUGAUGGUGUUAAAAGAAUCGGUGAGAAGACUGAGGCUUCACUGGUUUGGUUUACUUCAGCAAGAACUGCAGGCCAGUGGCUUGAUUUCUGGUUACGUCAUCGACUCCUGUGGUGGAGAAAGUUUGCCAAGAGUCCAUCUAACUUCAGCAGCAGUGAUUGUCAGGACGAAGAGGGACGAAAAGGAAAUAAACUUUACUACAAUUUUCCAUGGGGAAAGGAGCCAAUAGAGACCCUGUGGAAUCUAGGAGACCAUGAACUUUUAAACAUGUGUCCUGGAAAUGAGUCUCAAUUACACGGCCGAGAUGGACGAAAAAAUGUGGUUCCUUAUGUUUUAUCUGUUAGUGGAAAUCUAGACCGAGGCAUGCUGGCUUAUCUCUACGAUUCUUUCCAGCUAACAGAGAGCUCCUUUACAAGAAAGAAGAAUCUUCAUAGAAAGGUACUUAAACUUCACCCUUGUUUAGCCCCUGUUAAGGUUGCUUUGGAUGUGGGAAGAGGCCCAACAGUGGAAUUAAGACAGGUUUGUCAAGGACUAUUUAGUGAAUUACUAGAAAAUGGAAUUUCUGUGUGGCCUGGUUAUUUGGAAACUGUGCACUCCUCACUGGAACAACUUUAUUCAAAUGCCCUGCAUGAGACGCCCAUGGAAACCCACUUGGAAUGUCCACAUGCACAGCCUAGAAGUCGGGGAGGCAUCCCCUCCUGGGACACCCCUCAGCCAAUCAGGGAUGGAAGUCAAUGGAUAACCGCUUCUUACUAUCAGUCCUUAGGCAGACAGUUCUAAGAAACAUCUUCUCGUUGCUCAGAAGGUUCCAGUGAGAUCAAGCCCCAGUUGCCCAACUCAACAGUACACCCUGGUACUGGCUUUUCCUCCAGUACCUGAUGCUUGCGUCACCUCCCAGAUAAAUUAUUUGCACAGAAGGCCUUAUCUCAGGCUCUGCUUUCAGGGCUAGCCCAGGAAAAGACAGGGUAUCAGAAGGCCCUAGAAAGCAGUGCUGGGAAGCGGAAUUACUCCUUGGAUGGAUGGCAACAUGUGAUGUUGGAAGGGGGUGGUGAUAACACUUGCACGCCAUAGCCUCCCAAUUACUUUACAAUUACUAACACCUUCCCCUGCAGUGGGAAAGAGGACGGGGGUAGAAAGUGAAGCACUAGGCUCUUCCAUGGUUUUAGCACUUGAAAGGCACAGGGCAAUCGUAAUUAUAUGGAUUGUGGACUUGGUUGGCUUCUACUAAGUGCUUUAAAAGCUUUGCAAGGAGAAAAUGAGAGGCUGUCGAUUCAGGGCAUGCUGUGAAACCCAGAGGCAUUCUGGACUUCAAAACUUCAGAAGGUCUUAACUGGAUCAAAUCCAAUUCCCAGUAAGGUUUCUAGCUUGCUGGCCCCUCCCCGCCCUGGGUUGACUUUCCCUCCUCUGAAAUGUUUCACUGUACCUGCUCUCUCACUCCCAGCGCCUGGGGUCACCUGACAUAUAGGCUACCUGCACCCAAGUCCUUGUCUCAGGCUCUGCUUUAGGAGGGAGCCCAAGACAGAAGAGGCCAAUGGUGACUGAGUUGCCAAGUUUAUGACCACAAAGACUUCAAGAUUUCUAAGGGGCGCAGCCAACUGGUAUGACUCAAGAGUAAGCAUCAUACCACAAAGAGGUAGCCUUUUAAAAAUUCUUAUUAUAUGCCUGACCCUGUUGCAAGCCCUUUACAUUCAUUACCUGAGCUAAUUCUCACAGUGGCUCCAUGAUGCAGGUAUUUAUUUGUCUCCCCCGCUCCCCACUUUGCUCUUACCCCCCAGAUGAAAAAAAACUGAAGCCCAUAACUUAUCCAGAGUCACACAGUUAAAACAUGACUGAGCCUGAAUUCAGCUCAGUCUGUUUGACUCCUUACUCUCUUAGCCUCUGUGACAUACUGAUUUCCCCCAAAUACAAAUAUCAACAGAGAAAGGGCAGAAAUUAUGCUCAUGAAUGCUGCCUUAUGACAACACAAUCCUCUAGUCUGGACCUGUGUGCACAGUAUCCCUUCCCACCCUAAGAGGCAUUUCCAUGGCCAGUGCUUCUGCUGAUCUUUGCUAGGACUGAACUCCCAAUUCAACCACCACUAAGCUGUGGGUGACCUUGUAAAAUUACUUACCUCAUCUGAGUCUAAGUUUCCUUACCUGUAAAAGCAAGUUCUUAAUAUCGGCCUUACAGAAUGUUAUACAGUUGGUGUCUAAUAACUGGUAGCUGUGCUUUUUCUAGUCAGAGGUCCACUGUUGGGAGCGAUUAAGACAGAGGUUCAGGCACCACCCAGAAGAAGAGCAGAGCAGAAAAAUGUUGGCCAUGUUGUUUUGGUUGUCUACAAAUGCCUUUUGGCUUUUAUUGGAUGUUACUAAUAACUCCUAGGAUGAGAGGCUUAAACUAGGAACCAUUUUGUCCCCUGUAGGGGUCUGAAUGGGUGGCUCCCCAAAAAGAUUAAGUCCGUGUCCUAACUCCUGAAACCUGUGAAUGUCACCUAAUUUGAAAAAAGGGUCUAUGCAGCUAUAAUUGAGGAUCUUGAGAUGAGGCCAUCCCAGAUUAUCCAGGGGGUUCCGAGAUCCAAUGGCCAGUGUCCUUAUAAAAGAAAGGCAAAGGACGAGAAGGCCAUGUGAAGACAGAGGCAGAGACUAGAGAGAUGUUGCCACAAGCCAAGGAACACCAGGAACCACGGGAAACUGAAGCAGACGAGCAGGAUUCUCCCUUAGGGUCUUCAGAGGGAGCCCAGCGCUGCCGACAUCUUGAUUUUGGAUUUCUGGUCACCAGAACUAUGAAAAUAAAUUUCUGUUGUUUUAAGCCA